CGCCCCGAGUCAUCCGGUUCUCUCCCGGUACCCGGUCAUCUGCACCAUGAAAGACGUCGACGACCACCAAAACGACACCUUACGAUCACUAGACUUUCAAAAUCUCAAAGUCAUCUCCGCCGUGGGGCGCGGCGCCAAGGGUAUCGUGUUCCUCGCGAAAACCGGUGACCGGUCUUCGAACGAGUGUGUGGCUCUGAAAGUGAUCUCAAAAGCUCUGAUUCUUCAGAAGAAUGCGAAGACCAACAAAAACGACGACGAAGGUUCUGGCGAGUACAAGAGGGUGUCGUUUGAACAGCAAGUGCUACGUCGUUUUGAUCACCCACUUCUGCCGCGUUUGCAAGGGGUUUUGGAAACCGAGAAAAUCGUUGGGUUCGCCAUUGACUACUGCCACGGUGGCAGCCUCCAUUCUCUUAGAAAGAAACAGACUGAGAAAAUGUUUGCUGAUGAUACCAUCAGGUUUUACGCUGUGGAAUUGGUCCUCGCAUUGGAGUAUUUGCACCAUUUGGGAAUAGUAUACAGAGAUUUGAAGCCAGAGAAUGUGAUGAUCCAAGAAAACGGUCACAUAAUGCUCGUCGAUUUCGAUCUCUCCACGAAGUUGAACCCUAAACUCGCUCAAUCACUGAGUCGCGACUCGUCGGCGAGUCGUAACUCGUUGACGGAGAAACACAUGAGUAAGCGACGACUCUUACGGCUCUACAGUUACUGUAACUCGGGCAUCUCGCCGUGUGACUCGGACUCGGAGCCUCAACCCGUGAUCAACUCAGCGCGGAGGACCGAGUCGGACUCGGUUGAGAAAUCGAACUCGUUCGUCGGAACGGAAGAGUAUGUGGCACCUGAAAUUGUAUCUGGAAAGGGUCACGGUUUUGGUGUUGAUUGGUGGUCAUUCGGCGUCGUUUUGUACGAGUUGCUAUAUGGAACGACGCCGUUUAGGGGAGAUAAUCGGAAAGAAACGUUUUUCCGGAUUUUGACGAAGGAACCGGAGCUGACGGGGGAGAAGACGGCGUUAAGGGAUUUGAUUGGGAGAUUGCUGGAAAAAGAUCCUGACCGUCGGAUCCAGGUGGAUGAAAUCAAGGGCCACGAUUUCUUCAGAGGAGUUAAGUGGGACAUGGUGUUGCAAAUAGCAAGGCCUCCUUAUAUUCCUCGAAAUGAGGUUGAGGACACGGUUGGGUUUAAUAAAAAAGAUGUAGAGUUGUUUGUCCAUGAGGUUUUUUUCCCCAGUAGUCAUGAUGAUGAUGGAGAGAAAAAUAAAAAGGUGGAAGAAAAAAAGGAUAAUGGGGAGAAUAAUAAGAUGGUGUGGGUUGACAAGUUCAAGUUGAGUACUCACAGUCCCACUGACAAUGAAGAUUUUUCAAUUUUUUGA